GGGAAGUUGUAGAAAGGCAAUCACGGAUAAACAAGUUGGGGUUGGAAGAUACCAGCAGAUCAAAACCAAAGUUCCAUCUUGGUUUUCUAGAAGAGGCUUAUGAAGGAUGCAGGAAUAUUUGUGCAGAAUAUCCCGAGACUUUCUAUCUAGGCACCAGGUUAAUGACAGAGGAGAGACAGAAAGCCAUAUGGGCAAUUUAUGGGGGACAGAUGAACUAGUUGAUGGACCAAAUGCAACCUACAUGAGCUCUUCUGUUCUUGAUAGGUGGGAAGAGAGGCUUCAUGAAAUCUUUGAUGGCCACCCCUAUGACAUGUUAGAUGCUGCACUCACUGAUACUGUCUUCAAAUUCCCCUUGGACAUCAAGCCUUUCAGGGACAUGAUUGAGGGGAUGAGAAUGGACAUUAGAAAACACCGGUGCCAGAAUUUUCAGGAGCUCUAUCUUUAUUGCUACUAUGUAGCUGGAACUGUAGGGCUAAUGAGUGUUUCAGUAAUGGGAAUUGCACCAGAAUCCUUGGUUGCUGCUCAGAAUAUAUACAAUGCUGCUCUAUACCUGGGCAUUGGAAAUCAAUUGACAAACAUUCUUAGAGAUGUGGGAGAAGAUGCUUCUAGAGGAAGAGUAUACCUUCCCCAGGACGAGCUUGCACAAUUUGGUUUAUGCGACAAAGAUGUGUUCUCUAGGAAGGUCACGGAUUCAUGGAGAGAGUUCAUGAAAGAGCAGAUCACUAGGGCAAGGUUCUACUUCAACCUGGCUGAAGAGGGAGCUUCCCAGCUUAAGUGGAAUGUAUGGUGUUGUACUCAAAACUGAAGGCUUUUCCAGGCUUCUUGUAUACCAUUGUUUUGUACAGGGGUGUUCCCCUUCAGAGAAGUUGCAGUCCUUCGAAAUUAACUCAAAACAUAAAUGUAACAGCAAAAACGCCUGCAUGGAAAUUACCGUCAACCGUAUAUAGUAUCAUCGAAGGCUUUCCCGGUUUGUUGUAUACCAUUACCGUCAAUGCAAAUGACGUAUAAAAUUUAGAAGCACAC